CUGAAAAUGAAAAGUAAUUGUCAAAUGAAAUAUGAAUAGAUUAUGCAGAUUAAUUUAUGAAUUAAGCAAAAGGAGUAACAGAAGAAGAAAAAAUAAUUGAACUGUUAAAUUAAAUUUAAGAUCAAAUAUUCACAUAAAUAUCAAAUGAUGUGAAUAAUAAACUAAUAAAAGAAUUAUAAAAAACAGGAAAUUUAGCACAACCAACUUAAUAACCUGAAUUUUUGAGAGUCACUCCAAAUGUUGAUGCUGAUUACAUGCAUUCUCAUAUAAAUUAUGCAAAAACUAUCUAAUAAAAUUAACCAAUGGAUAGACAAAAAUUUGAAUAAUUUGAUAAUAAGGAGAUUGUUAACUUUCCAAUUUAUGAACAAAAUUAUUUGGAUAUCAAUGCUAAUGCAAAGUUUUAUUAUCCUAAGACUUAACAAAAGGGAUUAAUUGAAACCCCUAAAUAAUUUGUGGAUUAAACUAAUGUUUAAAACUAUUUAAUAAAUUAAACAAAGGUUUAUGAUUUCAAUCAACCUGAAAUUAAAGUAUAUUAUUAUAUACAUUUAAGCAAAUAUAUCCUAGAAAUUUAGUUGACAAUAUGAUACCUACUCAUCCUGAACCAGAGUAUUUAAUAAAGUAAGAAUAAAAAUUUAAUUUUUCUUCUUAAAUUAAUUAAAUGGGUGGUCUAAUAAACUCAAUAGGACGUAUUAGAAAUAUUCAUAAAUAUAGCUAUGGCUUAAUCAUUAAAAUAAAAUGAAUAAAGACUAUUUUUAAAUACUCCUGAACAUUCUUUAUUGACAGGAGCACUUUAAGAAAAAAUUAAUCAUGUUCCUCCUCCUUUUGUUCCUGUACCUGCUCCUCCUCCUCCUGAUCCUUUUCUUACAAAUCCUUAAUAUAGACUUUAUGGAGUUUAAUAGGAAGCACCUUAAUUUAAUGUUUAAAGUUAUAUUCCAGAAAAAAAUUAAAUUUAACCUAGUAAGUUAACAGGAAAUUCUAAUAUACUUUAAGUUCCAUUUGAAAAACAAGAGUAUCAAGAAACUAGUAGAGUUUAAUCAAAAGUUUAGGAGGAUUUAAAACUUAAUUUUUUAGAUAGAGCAAGAUAAGAAAGAAAAAGAAGAGAAGAAAAAUUAUUAUAGUAGUGA